UAACGCGCAAUGCGAAAUUUAUUUGUGGACGGAGAGAGUAUAAUAAACCCUUCCAGUGUCUAUUCACUCCCGUCACCCAACCUUAUCUACAGUAUUUUUCUUUAUCAUUUCUUUUAAUUCUCCUCCAUCGACCACCCAACCAUUAUCUGCUUCUCGCCUUCUCCUUCAUUUCUUUUUCUAUUUUAUCUUUGCCCAAUGCCCACCACCACCCAACCAUUAUCUUCUUCCCUUUCUUCGCCCACCACUGACAAAUCAUCCAAGCCUCUUCGGUCAUUGUUGCAUCACCCUCUGCUGUAGCAACAGGUAAUUAGUGAAAUCUGGGGAGCAACGAAUGCAGACUUGAUGGAGGUUUGAUGAACAUGCAUGGGGAAACAAUGGAGAUCUGAUGGGGAUUCGAGCAAUGAAUAUUUGACAAAAUCAUAUCUCUUCAUCACGGGAAGUAUUAUCGCUGAUCUGUGUUUUGCCCUGGAGGUUAAGUUCCCUAAUGGUUUGCCCCCACCUCCAUCUCGAAGUUCAACUGAGUGCAAAAUCCAAGAAAUUACCAGAUUAUUGCAUCGCUUCCACUGAUUGAGCAAAGGAGAAUUUGAUUCUGGUGCCUUCGAGCUCCCAUCCACAAAUCCAAGCUUGUUUCUCGCACUCAGAGCAAUCUGAGCCGAUCGUUUCCAUUGUGCAUAGUUGUCGCCAUUCAACUUCUGAGAUGCAAGAGAGAAAUUAGGCGUCUCCAUUGGAUGUAGAUACAGCUCGCUCUGUGGAUCGAUUGAAGAACGAGUCACUGAUUCCGCCAUGCCUUCAAAUUAGAUUUUGAUUUGGACUGAGAAAUGGAAUCGAGUUUUGACAAAUUCAGAUUGAAUCAGAAAUGAUAACGCCAUUAAAGCAUGGCUCUGAUACCAUGUUAAAGCAGCCAAAGAUUCUCCAAAUUGAACCGACUAUCCACGUACACGGCUCCGGCUAUGGACUUUACAAUGUUAGUAAGAACUUUGAGAGCUUUGAUAGCUCCGCCAUAAAACUGGGACUCGUCCUCUUCUCGGACCGUCAUCACAAACUCCGUGACCUUUUCAUCAAUGGCAGAAGAGCUAUGUCGGAAAUGCCUAAAGAGGCCAUUAUCAACUGCUACUCGAGCGAGCUUCUCGGUGCUGAUGUUGGCGGAGCGCAGAAGGGAGAGUUGGCCGGGAACAAGGUGUGGAUAGGUUAAGAAGAUGAAAUUUGAGACGACCAUUCCUAGAGCCAUGUCGCCCAGGAACUCCAGACGCUGAUAAGAGGGCAAAUAG